AGUGGAGCUCGAGAUCCUGUUUACUGUGGACUAGCUGUGUGUGACGCCAUGUUGUUUUUGUUUCCAUUACAAAAAAAAAGCUCCACCGUCUCGCCGAGUGCCAGCAAGAGUCAUGAGUACUUGUCAACUCGACUCCUCAACUGGAGAUAACUUUCUAGCACCUCACCAUGGGGAAGGAUGUAUUCAUAUGCCUUCACCAGCACAUGCAUUAAACAUGCAGAGAGCUACACAAGUUCUUACCACCUUGGGGCACCAUUCAGGGUGCCUUUUCAUCUGAUUAAAUUUAUAAUGAACAGGGACAUUGCGGUUGUCCCAAGUGGAUGGUAUGAUGAUAGGAUGGUUUUCUGGCCCAGCUAUAAAAACACCGACAGAAUUGAAAGGGCCGUUUUAAAUGAGGAGCAGCAUGAGCCAAACUGGCCAAGAUUUGACGUUUCUGUUGUCCGAACUUGUGACAACUACAAAGACGCAUUAAAAAUAAUGCAACAAUAUGGAAAGGGCUGCGACACCUCAGACCUGCAAUCUGAGGCAGAGAACGAGGAGCUGCCGGAAAAAAGGAACAGGAAGCCAGUCCAUCGUCUCGGGGACUCAGAUGAUAGCGAAGAAGACCUGGGAAAUAGUGACCUCACAUCUCUGGGGUUGGCAAGCCAAUUGCACAGGCAGACUCCACCGUCUCGCCGAGUGCCAGCAAGAGUCAUGAGUACUUGUCAACUCGACUCCUCAACUGGAGAUAACUUUCUACCACCUCACCAUGGGGAAGGACGCAUUCAUAUGCCUUCACCAGCACUGCAUUAAACAUGCAGAGAGUUACACAAGGAACGGCAGUCCCUCCUCGACUCCCUCCACCCCCCUCACCAGCAGCCCUCAACAUGUGGCAGACAGAGGAGCCUGGAUCCAGCCUGGCCUACAGGCCAACAUGGCGAGGGGGAAGAAUGGCCGACAACAUUUCCUGCUCUGGUGCUGUGAGUAAAAAUGUGUUGACAAGGUCAGCCACGGACGCUGAGGUCACCAAACACGCCAUCAGGUGGUUCAGCUUGGCGGGGGAUCGGGCAACGAGGAGACGAGUCCCGCUUCCACCUCCUCAGGAGGAAUAGAGAUGU